AUGUGGACGGAUCUACUUUUACAAGCCGCUAUAAUUCUCGUUACGAUCUUUAUGUUCCUUGCUAUGCACGAUAUUCCCAAAAAGAUCUUCACCAAAAUCCGUUACCGGAAUCGAGCCGACUUCCAGGCCAAGCGUCACUUCGUCCUCGGAGCCCAGCUCUUGGCUCAAGCCAGAUCCUCCAAGUCUCGUUCAUCCACCGCCUCUUUAGCCAAACAAGCCGAAGCCGAAGCCGACAAAGCCAUUUCUCUCGACCGGAAAGACGCCGCCGCUUACAUCCUCAAAGCCCUAGCCCUUGACCUCCAGGGCUUCAAGACCUCUGCUCUCGACUCCCUCGACGUCGCUCUCUCCCCUAUUGCUGCCAAGUCGUUGACUGAUAAAGAACGAGGCGACGCGCUGUUUAAACGAGCCGAGUUGAAGAUGAGCAUGAAUCGGCGCGGCGGCCGCGUCGACUCAGCUAUUGACGAUUUGACCAAGGCUCUAGAAUUGAGCGGAGAUAACGCCAAGGCUUUUUGUCUGUUGGGAGAGUGUUAUGAAAUGAAGAAGAUGAAAUCGGAAGCUAAAUCGGCAUUCGAGAAAGCUCUUAAGGUCGAGCCUACCUCCAACGUCGCUCGGACCGCCAUUGAUCGACUGGGCUCGUAG